AUGCUCCCCUUUCAUGGAAACGGGAAGAGGAAGCGCUUCCCCAAUGUAAUGAGUUUCUUUGGUGGAGUCUAUUCCAAGGGGUCCUUCCAAAGUAGAAAGGUUGGGGAUGUCCCUAAAACACAGAAGGGGGAAAACCUCCCCUAUAUGCGCAAUGCACAAGGAUGGAGCCUUCCAAUGGGUGAAGUUCAAUACGAACAAUGUGGAGACUACGAAGAUGAUGUAACGUCGUUUGGGUGUCUGAAGUGGUAUAUAAACCGAUCACGUAAACAAAGGAUCUUGAUUAACGCAGGAGUGUUGCUUGCAUUCGCAACAGCAACGUAUGGGACAUAUCAAACUGUUGACAAUGUGAAGACCGUGUGCUUAGUGGGGCUAUCCCUCUACAGUGCGUUCUUCCUGUUAUUUGCCCUGCACAUGUUGAGCUCCGUGUUGAAGGACGAAUACGACUCGUACAGUAGCGUACCAGGGAGCGACGGUUGGAUGGGUAAUGGUCGGAAGGACGGCGUGACAACCUACCAAAUUCGCGUUACACCCGAACAGAUCGGCCUUCCACAUAGGAAUAGCCAAACAAUGGAACCGAAUAAUGGUGACAAACGAGGAGAGGGUCGGACGGAGGUGGUGCACGAAACGGGGGACCAGACCUUGGGAGCGCCGAAUGAUGGAUACGAAGUACUUUCCCUGGAGGACAUAGCAAAACCGAUAAAGGAAGGAUCGGAAGGAUUCUUCGCAGUGCAAUACAAUUCGAUUUUUAAAAUAUCUGUGGCUUUUACGAUACUUCUAAUGUUCCUUUAUAUGCUGAGAGGAGAUAACACAAAGUUUCCCCGAGAGAAGAACACCAUGAUGGAGGGUAUUACUGAGGAGUACAUAGAAAUAUCACCUUUUGCAUACAGCAUAAUAACCUCUAUUUCAUUUUUACUGGGAGCUACAUGCAGUUCCAUAGCAGCGUACAACGGCAUUUAUGUAGCCGUCCGGGCGAAUGUUCGUGUGGCUAAAGCUUCCACCUAUUCGUAUAGGAAAGCCCUGAUGACUUGUUUCAGGAGCGGGGCAAUAAGUGCGAUUGUGAACGUGGCGCUAGCUAUUUUUGGCAUUUGCUCCUUACUAGUGCUAAUAAAUAUUUUAUAUCCCUCCCUGUCCUUUACAAAAUAUCCCCUACUGAUUGUUGGAUACGGAUUUGGAGCUUCUCUAGUGGCCAUGCUAUAUCAGCUAGCUGGUGGUAUUUACACGAAAGCAGCCGAUAUAGGUGCCGACUUAGUCGGGAAGGUAGAGAAACAUAUUCCGGAGGAUGAUGCCAGGAACCCAGCAGUGAUAGCAGACUUGGUUGGAGACAACGUAGGUGACUGUGCAGGUCAGUGUGCAGAUUUAUUUGAAUCCAUAUCGGCGGAAAUUAUUGCAUCUAUGAUUUUGGGGGGAACCUUAUGUGAAAAUGGAAUCAUUUCUGAAAAGAGGGCUAACUACUUUGUUCUCUUUCCCCUGUUUGUCCACUCGAUGGAUUUGUUAGUGUCCACCAUUGGGGUGUAUCUUGUUCGGACGAGGAGCGACUAUGCAAGCAACCCAGUGGGAAGGAAGGCACGUGUGAAUAGCAAGCAACACGUGGGAGAGGAUAAGUAUAUCCAUCUGAGUAGCGCAUCCUACAAUGCAGCAAUGGAGAAUGGUGCAAAUGUAAACAUACACAGCGCAAAUGGGGACACAGCCCUGUCUUCCAUAAGCCGAGACCAUUACAAUGAUAACGAACUGGAGAUGAUUGGAGAACAUUUGGAGAACCCACUGAAGGUGAUGUUAAGAGCCUAUAUUGUUACUUGUCUCCUUGCCAUGGGUUUUUUUUUUUUCUUCUGUAAAAUGUUGUUUGUCAUGGGGGAAAAUCGUCCAAAUGAUUAUUCAUGGGUUUAUCUGUCCUUAUGUGGACUGGUUGGUAUGGUUUGUUCAUAUCUGUUUGUUAUUCUGACCAGAUAUUACACAGACUACUCCUACCCGAAAGUGAGAAAGAUAGCUCAUGCGUCUUUAAGCGGUCCCGCUACUAACAUAAUAACGGGUCUAUACGUCGGCAUGGAAUCUACUUUUCUCCCCACGAUCGUAAUUUCUGUAUCUCUGUUAGCUUCUUAUUACCUAGGGUUAGCAAGCAAUUUGACUGGAGAUGGACGUGCUAUAAAUGGGCUCUACGGCACAUCAGUAGCCACGAUGGGCAUGCUCUCCACAGCAGUCUUCAUUUUAAGCAUGUCUAAUUUUGGACCCAUAGCAGACAAUGCAGGUGGAAUUGUAGAGAUGUCGAAUCAACCAGAGAGCGUUCGAUUCAUUACAGAUAAGUUAGAUGCAGUUGGGAAUGUGACGAAAGCAAAUACAAAGGGGUACAGUGUUGGUUCAGCUGCUUUGGCAUGUUUUUUACUUUUUUCUGCCUUUCUUAGUGAAGUUUCUCUCCAUGCCAAGACACCUUUUACUACUGUAGAUAUUGCCUUGCCGGAGGUAUUCAUUGGUGGGAUUCUGGGAUCCGUUGUGGUGUUUCUUUUCGCUAGCUGGUCCUUAGAUGCAGUUGGAAAUACAGCCGAAGAAGUUCUCAAAGAAGUGCGCAGACAAUUUAAUGAACACCCGGGGAUACUCACCUAUGAUGAGAAACCAGACUAUCACACCUGUGUUUCAAUUAUUAGUAGGAAGGCACUGAUCGAGACGAUUAAACCGGGGCUACUUGCUCUAUGUGCACCCAUCAUAAUUGGCUUGCUUUUUAAGCAAAUUGGGAAGUUCAGAAAUAAUGACUUGCUGGGGGCACAGGUCAUUGCUUCGUUUAUUAUGUUCUCCACAUCCACGGGGAUUUUGAUGGCGCUCUUUCUCAACAACGCGGGGGGGGCGUGGGAUAAUGCAAAGAAGUACAUCGAGUCUGGUUUUUACGGAGGGAAGAAUAGCCCCGCGCAUGUCUCUAGUGUGAUUGGCGACACCGUGGGGGACCCCUGCAAGGACACUGCGGGCCCCUCCAUCCAUGUGCUCAUCAAGUUGAUUUCGACCAUCACCAUGGUGAUGACCCCCCUGAUCGCAUCUUCUUCGGAGUUGUAA